UUCUGUUUCUAUGCAGACUCUCGGCCAGCAUGGCCCCCACGCUGGAGCAGGCGUACCGCAGGCGCUGGUGGAUGGCCUGCACCGCGGUCCUGGAGAACCUCUUCUUCUCCGCGGUGCUGCUGGGCUGGGGCUCCCUGCUGAUCAUUCUCAAGAACGAGGGCUUCUAUUCUAGCCUGUGCCAAGCUGCAAACGCCAGCACCACCACCAACAGCAGCCAGGGUCAGCAGCCCAGCCGGUGGCCCAGCUGCGACCGGCAGGAUGAAAUGCUCAACCUGGGCUUUACCAUCGGCUCCUUUGCACUCAGCGCCACCACCUUGCCCCUGGGGAUCCUCAUGGACCGCUUUGGUCCCCGGCCCCUGCGGCUGCUUGGCAGUGCCUGCUUUGCUGCAUCCUGCACCCUCAUGGCCCUGGCCUCACGGGACCCUGAAGUUCUGUCUCCGCUCAUAUUCCUGGCGCUGUCCCUGAAUGGCUUUGGUGGCAUCUGCUUGACGUUCACUUCUCUCACUCUGCCCAACAUGUUUGGGAACCUGCGCUCCACUUUCAUGGCCCUCAUGAUUGGCUCCUACGCCUCUUCUGCCAUCACAUUCCCCGGAGUCAAGUUGAUCUAUGAUGCUGGCGUGUGCUUUGUGGUCAUCAUGUUCACCUGGUCUGGCCUGGCCUGCCUCAUCUUUCUGAAUUGUGCCCUCAAUUGGCCCAUCGAAGCCUUUCCCAACCCUGAGGAAGCCAAUUACACGAAGAAGAUCAUGUUUAGUGGGCUGGCCCUGGACCACAAGGUGACUGGCGACCGCUUCUACACCCACGUGACCAUCGUGGGCCAGCGGCUGAGCCAGAAGGCUCCCAGCCUGGAGGAGGGGGCUGACGUUUUCGUCUCAUCCCAGGAUGUUCGCAGCACCUCGGACAGCCUCCCUGAGAAGUCUGUCCCCUUCCGUAAGAGCCUCUUCUCCCCCAUAUUCCUGUGGAGCCUCCUCACCAUGGGCAUGACGCAGCUGCGGGUCAUCUUCUACAUGGCCGCCAUGAAUAAGAUGCUGGAGUAUCUCAUAACCGGCGGCUCGGAGCAUGAGACCAGUGAGCUGAGACAACAGGCAGCAGAGACAGUUGGGUUCUACUCCUCCGUCUUUGGGGCCAUGCAGCUGUUGUGCCUCCUCACCUGCCCCCUCAUCGGCUACAUCAUGGACUGGCGGAUCAAGGACUGCGUGGACGCCCCGACUGAGGGCGCUGCCCUCGGAGACACCAGGGAUGGGAUCGCCAUCAAGUCCCCCAGGCCACGCUACCGCAAGAUCCAGAAGCUCACCAAUGCCAUCAACGCCUUCACCCUGACCAACUGCCUGCUCGUGGGUUUCGGCAUCACCUGCCUCAUUGGCAACCUCCAUCUCCAGUUUGUGACCUUUGUCCUGCACACCAUGGUCCGGGGUUUCUACCACUCUGCCUGUGGAAGUCUCUACGCUGCAGUGUUCCCGUCCAACCACUUCGCGCUCACGGGCCUGCAGUCCCUCGUCAGUGCCGUGUUCGCCCUGCUGCAGCAGCUGCUCUUAAUGGCCAUGGUGGGACCCCUGAAAGGAGACUCCUUCUGGGUGAACCUGGGCCUCCUGCUGUUCUCACUCCUGGGAUUCCUGCUGCCUUCCUACCUCUUCUACUACCGAGGCCGCCUCCAAAGGGAGUACGCCACCCACUGGGCAGGCCCGCAGAAGGUGCUGGGCGGCCCCUGACGUGACUGCAUAGACUCUGAGGCCAAGGGACCUGGAUGGACAGGCAGCUGAGGCCUGAGCAACCAAAGGGAAUGCCCCUGGUGGCUUUUCUACCUGUAACGGACAUGCAGAGCCAGGGGUAUGGAUUUAUAAAUACCAAGAGAAGUUCUAUUUUUGUAGGGACUUGCAAAAAAAAAUGCCCUUAAAAAUAUCCCCAAAGCAACGCUCCACUGAAGACAGCCCCUGUGCUGGAGAGACCUGCUUCUGCGGAUGGAGGAGGCCAGGCCGUGUGGCUGCCUUUUUCUGGUGCCUCCUAGGAACCUGGGGGCUGGUGAAGAGGCUGCUCGCUCCUAAGGUCCUAGGUGUGGUGUGUGCGUGCGUGCGUGCGUGCAUGUGUGUGUGUGUGUGUGAGAGAGAGAGAGACACCACCUACCCCUCUGGACGACAGAGGCCCUGAGGUGGCUGCCGACGGUCCUGGAUGAGGUGUUGGGAGGGCAGCAGGCCCAUUCCAGGGGCUGGAGGGCGGGUUCCUCCCCUCGCUGCUGCUUGCAGGUCUUAGAGGAAAUAAAGAGAGAAGUGAUAGA